UGCCGAUUGAUUACGUCACUUCCAGGCGUGGUACAGUAGAAUGUGUGAUGUGCGUGUGUUACUGAAAAUGGCCGUACGUGCGGGUCCGUCUAGUUUACUGAUUUCACGCACGAUAGUUUUCACAUUCUUUCAAAUAUUUGGAUUUUGAACGGUGGAUUUCUUGAUGAUACGUGCAGUCAGUGUGAACAGUGGAAUCUGAAGAUUUUCAGUGGAUCAUCGGUGAUAUUAGUCGAGACGAAGUGUGCCUAUUUCGUGGUGGAUCAUUAAAAGAGAAGCUUGAUAUAUAUUAGGAGUAAAAGUAGAAAAUUGUUAAUGAUGGGUUUCAUUCUUUACAUUUGCAUUACUAUUUAUUUAAACAAUAUAUUUGCUAAUUAGUGGAUAUUGACUAUAUGGUGUCAAGAUGUGGGAGAGAUUUGGUACAAUCCCCUGGUAUGAAACAGGGAUAUAAGCCAAAUAUGUGUUUUAGAAUGUUUUCUAUUCUAGUAGAAAAUAUGUUAAAAUAAUGGAAAGUAUGCAAAAGUAUAUAUAAGGGAAAGAUGAUUUUAUGCAUCUUGUAAUGAUUUCAUAUAACAAUGAAUCAUUUAAGAACUACAUAAGAUUUAUGUUUAAGUGUAAAGUACAUAUUUGUUGCUAAUGAUAAACAUUAUUGAGUUUUAUGACAUAAUGUAAUAGAAGUGUAAUUUUUAUACAUGCAAAUAUAUUAAAUAAGAAUCACAAAAAUGUCAUUCUUAUCAAAUUUAAAAAAGGCAUUCCACUUCGGUGGAAAUGACGCGAAGAAAAAGAAAUUGUACAAUAAUAUUAAAAUGGAUUGUAACCCAGAAGAAUUCUGGGAAAUGAUAGGUGAAUUAGGAGAUGGGGCAUUUGGGAAAGUUUAUAAGGCACAGCACAGGCAAACUCAACAGCUUGCUGCUGCAAAAAUGUGUGCACUGGAAGGAGAAGAUGAUCUUAGUGAUUUUAUGAUCGAGAUAGAUAUUUUAUCAGAGUGUAAACACCCAAAUGUUGUUGAAUUACAUGAAGCAUAUUUUAUUGAGGGUAAACUAUGGAUGUUAAUAGAAUAUUGUGAUGGUGGUGCUGUUGAUUCUAUAAUGGUUGAAUUGGCAAAAGCUUUAACAGAACCACAAAUAGCCUAUAUAUGUCAACAUAUGACCAAAGGUCUUGCAUUUUUACACAAAUCUAAAGUUAUCCAUAGGGAUUUAAAGGCAGGAAAUGUUUUAUUAACAAUGGCAGGGGGAGUAAAAUUAGCUGACUUUGGAGUAUCUGCAAAAAACAAGCAUACUUUACAGAAACAUGACACAUUUAUUGGAACACCAUAUUGGAUGGCUCCAGAAGUAGUGUUAUGUGAGACAUUUAGAGAUAAUCCUUAUGAUUUUAAAGUAGACAUUUGGUCACUUGGUAUUACUUUAAUCGAAUUUGCGCAAAUGGAACCACCAAACCAUGAAAUGUCUCCAAUGCGCGUUCUUCUUAAAAUACAAAAAAGCGAUCCACCAAAACUCGAUCAACCCGGAAAAUGGAGCAAAGAUUUUAAUGAUUUUAUUGCAAAAGCCCUUAUAAAGGAUCCAACGUCGCGACCUACAGCUGAUGAGUUGUUGAAACAUCCGUUUAUAAAUCGUAAUUUGGAUUCAAAACCAAUCAGAGAUUUAUUAUUGGAAUAUAAGGCUGAUGUUGUUGAGGAAGAAUUGGUUGAUGAAGAAACAGAGAAGGCCAAAAAAGCGAAAAAGCACAGAGAACAGUAUCAACGGAUUGGCUGUGCAUGCGGCUCUCCUGGGCCUCGCCAGCCCCAUCAUCCCUGCGUUUGUCAGGAGCAACGUACAUCUCAGCUUCCUCUGGAGCUGGAUCAACUCGGAGAUGACUCUGCGUCUAUGCGCAGUGACGCUGAUGUUCAGAUUUCUGAAAAGGAAAAUCUUGUUGCAUCACCUGUGUCAGCGAAAAAAGAAGAAAAUCAUAAACGAGAAAUUAACAGGGAUGGUGAAAAGGAGGAUAGAAACAAGAAAUUACGUAAAGCAGAAUCAAAAGACAACAUACCUGUCUCUGUUGAGAAAAAACAAGCACCUAAACCUCCUAGUACAAAUGAAACAAACGAACGUAGGGUAUCUCGAGAAAAAGGGCCUGCACCUCCUCCGCCACUUAUGCGACAGAAUAGUAAAAUUGAAGAUAAGGAAAAUAAUUUGAAAAUGAUUGAUAAACAAAGCGAUGCAGAAGUAUUAAAUGAAUGUAAGUUUACUGACAAGCAACAGAGAGACAAAAACGAACCGUCUCAGUCUGCUCAGGAAACGAUAGGUAAGGAACAAACAAGUGUAGACGCGCUCUCCGAGAAAACAAGCGUACUACCUAGUUUAGAAAAGAAUGUACCAGAUAAUAAUGAAAGAGAGAAGAAUAAGAUAGAUGAUGCAAACAAAGGUGAUAUCAGGCAAAGAUCUGUAGAUAAUAAGACGAAUUCAUCACCGAGAACACAAUUAUCAUUAGAAGAGAAAAGGAAAUCAGCACCAGUUAAAUUAGAAUUGGCCGAAGAUUGGACGAAACCAGUAUUCAAUAAACAAUCGUCUUUAGAAGAAAAGAACAGAAUUGAAAAGAAAACUCCAGCUGAUAUACAAGUUAAAGGACAAUCUUCAUCAGAAGAAAAUUAUAAGAGUUUACAAGAAAAACGAAAAUCUGUAGAGCAAAAGUUAAAUGCAGUUUUAGAGAAACGGUUUUCGAUGGAUACUGAAAUGCGAAUGAGUGUUUCUUCUAUGGAGACGUUAUCUCAACGAGAUCUAACUGCAAGCGCAUCCGAAAAAAAUAUCGUUAAAGCAUGUUCUACUGAAGAUGUUAAAACUGAUUAUGGAACAUCUAAACCAGAAUCUGUUGUCAAAAGUCAUAGCGAAGGAUCUUCCAGAUAUGUUUCGUUAGAAAACUUUUCGGACGAAUUUGACGGGAAACGGGAUAAAAAAUGGCCAAGUAAAGAACACAAUUACGAAAAUAUGACGAGCAACAGCGAUAACGUAAACUGUGAGAAAAAAGGUUCUUCAGUGAAUGUAUCAGUAAUUACAUCAACUCCCAUUAGAAAUGCUUCGAGAAGAAGCAGCGGUGAUAAUGUAGUUGUCAUUACCGGUAAAUCCGACCAAGAAAUACGUCCAAAUACAUCAACCGUCCGGAUCACAGCAGAUAGUCCAGAUUUAUCGAAUAGUCUUGCGAGCAACGUUAGUCAAGUAACUGUAGUAACGACUCAUCCUCCGGUUCUUGUCGAUGCUGUGUCACUGGCAGCGAGUCCUUCUUGUCGUCAACCUCCUCCAACAUCGGAAGUUGUUAUUGUAGCGAAUGAAUUAAACAAAACACAAGUGAACGAAAGUUCAACCGACGAUGACGGCUUUCCUAGUUUAGAUAGCUUAGAGUACAUGCCCCAAGAGCAACCUAUAAUUCUUACAGACGUUUCUAAAAGAGUUGGCAAGAAGUUAGACGAAUCCGAGGUUCUCAUUGUGAGUCCGAUCAUAGACGAAUUGCAGGACACUAGUCACGUUUCUGUCGUUACCGUCGGCGAAGAUAAGGAACAAGUGAAAGAUUCCUCGAUACUUAAUAAACACGAAGCCGUACGAACUUCUUCUUCUCACAGUGACGCAAGCUUAAUCGAAAUGUCGAGUACAAAAAGCGAUAGCGGAGAUGAAAUUACUAAAAUGAUAGUUGCUGGGACGACUAUAGAAUCCAUAGAUAUCGAUGAAGUGGAAAGAAGUUCCAAGAAAAUGAAUGGUUUGUUGAAGAACGAUAAAUCUGCAAUGGUUACUCCUAUGGACGAGAAAACGUUGAAAACGCUUAAACAAAAAGAAGUAAAUAAAGGAUACAAAGAGAAAAGAGUAUCUCCGGAUAGCUUCGAAGGAUCUAGAUCUCAAAGUGAAUCUGGAUCGACAAGGUCGCAUACGCCCAGUAAGAGCAUAGAUCGCUCCGAUGCUGAAUCCAUUUCUACCACGAUAAGUCAGGAUAGUAGGGAAUCCAGCAAGGAAAAUCAUCUAAGUCAAGGACAAUCGGCGGAAGUGGACGAGGAAGUAGUAUUGCGACGGAAGCCCGAUUAUAAUCGUGAUAUACCACGACCAACAAGAACGAAAGAAGAUAUUCAAAUGAUGAAUUUGAAGAAAAAGACGAGAAAGCGAACUAGAAAGUUUGAGAUCGAUGGUGUCGUAGUUACUACGACGACGUCGAAGGUAAUUUACGGCGAUGAUGAAAACGGUAAAGUUUAUGACGAUCAAAUCUUUAGGAAGCAAGAGCUAAGAGAAUUAAAGAUGCUACAGAAAAUGGAGCAGAAACAGUUUCAGGAUUUAUCGCAAAAGGCACAGUUUAACAAAGAUCAACAAGAGAAACGUUUCGAGCAAGAGAGACAACUUUUGGAAAGAAAUGCCGAAACUGAUCUGGAAACACUCGCUCGGCAACAGAGGCAACAAAUCGAGCGAGCGGAAGCGCAACAGGAGGCCGAUCUUAGGCUCGCUUCGAAAAAGAUUCGUAGUGAGCAAGAAAGGGAAUUGAAACAGUUCCGCGAGGGAUUGAAACAGGAACUAAAGUUACUUAAGCACGAAGUAGAUUUAAUGCCGAAAGAUAAGAGGAAGAGUGCAUUUAAGAUACGCAAAGAAAAAUUGGAGGCUGAACACGAGGAAAGGGAAAAGCACUUUUUAGAUAAGCUUAACGAAAGUCACGAACUAUUGUUGAGAAGAUUAUCUGAUAGCCAUCGCGAGAAAAUUGCUUUAAUGGAAAGGCAAUUUUUGCAGCAGAAGCAACAGUUGAUGAGAGCUCGAGAGGCAGCGAUUUGGGAGCAAGAAGAACGGCACAUUCAUGAGAAACAGCAGUUGUUGAAGAAACAGCUAAAGGAUAUUUUCUUUUUACAAAGACACCAGAUGCUGAUACGUCAUGAAAAGGAAUUGGAACAAAUGAAGAGAAUGAAUCAACGAAAAGAGGAGGAACUGAUUAAACGACAGACGGUGGAACGUAGAAAUUUGCCGAAAAGAAUUCGCAACGAGAUGAAGGCGCGUGAAAUGAUGUUCAGAGAAUCUAUGAGGAUUUCUAUGUCGUCGAUUAUCGCGCCGGAUCCCGAUGCUGAAAGAGAGAAAUUGAAAAAAUUCCAAGAGAAUGAGAAAAAACGAUAUAGAGCCGAGCAGCAAAGAUUCGAAUUAAAGCAUUCACGGCAGUUGGAAGAGGUAAGAGCGCAAAGCGAUGCCACAAUCAAAGAACUGGAACAGCUGCAAAACGAAAAGAGAAAGAUGUUGAUGGAACACGAGACAUUGAAACUAAAGGAAUUAGAAGAGGCGUAUGGUAAAGAGCUUCGUGAAUGGAAAGGGCAACUCAAGCCACGAAAACAGAAAUUGGAAGAACAGUUUGCGUUACAACUGGAGGAACAAGAGGCGAUUUACGGGCCAAGCGCGAUACCAUUGUGCUUACCAGCAGAUCUUACCGACUUGACGCAUCAUACAGUUGGUUCUACACGUAGUUCGCUUUCUUCGGUGAGCGAGGGUUAAUGUCUAAUUAAUCUCUAUCGUCGAACCGAAAUGAAAUUUUCUUACCCCUUAAGAAUAACAAAUGAAUCACAGAGCUCCAAAUGUCGAGGUAAUUCGAAGGUCAAGUUACGCGAGCUCUUUGCACGGCUAUUCGAUCUGGCUUAAAUUUUGGAACAAGGACCGGCGAGUAAUUCGUUUUGAUUGUAAUAAGAUCUAUAACAUGAAACACACGAUAGGCGAUGCUUGGCGUGCAAGGUGUGGCUAUUCAGCGAUCGGUUAUACAUGGAAGAACUAUUUUCUUUAAUUCGAUGAAAUACCGAUAACUAUGUAAAACGUUGUGAACAUCUGUGAUUUCGGAGCAUCGCUUUGCAAUGAUAUACAUACAUACAUAUGUUGUGACCGAACUGCGAAAUAACUAACAAACUUUUAACGUUUUCAAGAAACGAAGAGAAGAAGAAGAGAUUAGAAAGUCGGUUUUCUCUCUUAAGAUAUAUUUUAUAUAUCAAAUAUGAAUUGUUAUAUAUAAAUGAGAUGAAUUUCUUACGGCGAUCUUGUCGAAAAUAUACUGGAUACAUACAGACCAUACAAUCCGCCCGAUGAUCAUUUCUCCUGAGAACUUUGAAGAACAAACGUGUUCUCGUGAUCAAUGGUGUACGUGAUCCUACAAUAAAUACAUUUUUUCUACAUCUUAUAUACGCAUGCAUAUUGAACUAGAGUCAUUGAGACAAUUCCAGGACAAUUUAUCAUCCUAUCGUGAAUACACGUGACAGUGUCUAGUGUGUUCGUAGAAUAUCUAGCGAUUUUAUGCGUACAUAAUGCACACGUGGAAAAAGUAUAUUUUCGAUUGUCGAAUGUAUAUACAUGUAUAUGCUUGUUGUGCUGUCGAAUGUCAGGAUACAGGCAUUUGCGAGGAUUCGGUGUUGAAGCAAGCAUAAAUGUAGAUCGUAAUUGCGCGCGUGUUUUAAACCGAUGCACGCAGCGUUCAGGUGCCACUUUCGAAUCGAAGCGUCGUCGUAUCUGAACAAACGUGUAAUCGUCGCGUCUUCAUUAUUAGAAUGUUCAACGAGUUGUAUUGUUUGUAAAGAGAACGCUAAAUCUCCAUUGAUAGAUUGUUUUUUUUUAUCGAGAUACGGAUAUAUUUUUAGUAAAUAAACGUUCAACAAUACGAAUCAAAGGUUCACGCCAAAUAUAUACAAUGUAUGAUUGCUUACUGCGCGUCUAUAUAGUCCGAGGACAUUGUAGAGGAUUUCUUUGAUGCGUAUUCAAAACGAGCAUGUGUGGCUAACGCUCGUCCUAGAUGUAAAGAAGCAUAUUUGUAUAAAAUAUUUCCUUUCGUUUUCCCUUUUUAUCUUCUUUAUUUCCUUUAAUUGUACAGUACUAUUAAUUUUUAUAUCUCUGUUUGUUCACGUUAAUCUAUCUGGUAUCGUGCUUAUUAGUACGAUAAUCGAUCAAGGAACUUUGUAUAUAGAGAAUCAGAAUGAAUUGUUUGAUAUAUUUUGAUUAUUCUACUUUAUCGUAUCGAGAAUAAUGUUUACGACGAAUCUUUGCGAGCAAUUCAUUUACCCAGUUUCUUGCGAAACACGUAGAAAAUGGAUCCAUUUCGUCGGAUGAUCCUUCUCACCGUGGAUGUAUAUCACACAUGGGUAAAAUGAUUUUGCGAUGUUACGGCUAACUCAAGUGAAAUUUGACCGCGUGUUUUGCGAUCAAUCUUCGCUCGAGUUCUUUCUUGGUUGGAAAUGAUGCUACGUAUGACGUAAAUAACACGAAGUACGAAAAACAUAGUAGUUCGUUUAAUUAAAAAAGGAAAAGGAAAGAGGACGUUUGCCAAAGCAUAUGUACAUAUAUGUAUUCUUGAAACGUUAAGAUUUUGGGAAUAUAAAGGAAAAGUAUGAGGCAUGAUAUGAAAAAAAAAGAAAAUCUUAAUACUGCCCUUUGUCGAAUUUGUGUCGUGCGCUGCAAUUGUUAGAAAAUACUCGUUAAUCGUGCCUGUUGGAUCCUAUUCUGUCAAAGAUUUUAUGUUUUUUUAUUCAUCGAGAGGACGAUGCAUCUGGUUCUUCUUAAAAGGGAUCAAUUGUAUGAAAAAUACGAAACUACGGAAGUAGACCGGAGAUUCGUUUACCUAUAAACGAACGGGGGAUCGAUAGCGCAAGUUCCAGCAGUGACUAUAUGGGAAUUUUAUAUAGGGCUAAUGAAUUUUUUAAUCAUCAAGCACGUGUGCAUUGUACGUGGGAAUUAUUGCAAAGAAUUAACAAACAGAAGAGAAAAAGAGGACGAAGCCAUUGUCGUGUGCGUUGUAUAUUCGAUUGAAAAUAUUUAUACUACGACGAUUAAAAUAUGAUGUAAUGUAAAGAGGGUCGGAAUCGACUUUAUUGUUUCGAUUUGUGCGAAUAGUCACCGUUAGGAUUGUUUUUCUCUUUAUUUCUUGUUUUUUGCCGAAUGCUUCUUUCGUUCUUAAUCAUUGUACGUACAGUGUUUAAGCACAGGAAACUGUUUGUUACGAUUUUUUUUUUUUUGAUUUGUAUCCAUUACAAGAAUUUCGUUAUUACCAAUAUGUUUAACAUUGAGUCGCAACCUGACAUGCAGGCGCAUACUUCUACACAUAAGAAAUCAAUAGACUGAGAACAAGUAAAAGGGAAAGAAAUCGGAAAAUGAGAUUAUUUUACACUAAGAAACGAAGCUUGCUAAAAAUUGUCUUACAAACGAAAGAAAUUAAUACUUCAUUUUAUUUUCUGAUUUAGAUGAAACGUACUAAUCGGUCACACUACAAAAAUAUUUAUUAAAUAUUUAUACCUAUUUUAAUUUCAAUCAGAAAUAUUCCGAAUUUUACCUUUAUUCCGAAACUUACAUUUCAGAAGGAAUUGAAGAAUCAACAUCUCGAACGUUUAUUGUGUAAUAUAAAGCUUUUUAUGUAAGCGGUAUACAAAGAAAUUCUCGUUUAUGAUUUCA